GUCGUCCACUGCGAUUUCUGCACAAUUUCACGAGCAAGAGAGAAAGAGAGAGAAUGGAAGUAAGAUCUGCAACGAAGAAGCUUCAGUGCCAACGUAUUGGCUGCAACGCCAUGUUCACCGAUGACGAUAAUCCUGAAGGUUCUUGUCAAUUUCAUGCUUCUGGACCGUUUUUUCAUGAUGGAAUGAAAGAGUGGAGCUGCUGCAAGCAACGAAGUCAUGAUUUCAGUUUGUUCUUGGAAAUUCCUGGAUGUAAAACAGGUAAACACACAACUGAGAAACCAGUCCUGGCUAAGCCGGCUCCUAAACAACCUGUCACGGUUCCUACUUCAUCUCCAGUUGUCAAUCCAGCAUCAAAAGACUCUUGCCCCAGAUGCCGGCAAGGCUUCUUCUGCUCAGACCAUGGCUCCCAACCCAAAGAACAGAUCAGGCAGACCUUGAACACACCGGUACAAGCAGAAGAAGAAAAGAUUGAAUCAUUAGCACCUCCUAUUAAAAAGGUUGUUAUAGACAUUAAUCAACCGCAAGUCUGCAACAACAAAGGAUGUGGCAAAACAUUCAAAGAGAGAGACAAUCACGAGACUGCAUGUAGCUAUCAUCCAGGUCCUCCCGUCUUCCAUGACAGAGUGAAAGGAUGGAAAUGCUGCGAUGUUCACGUGAAUGAGUUUGACGAGUUCAUGGAAAUACCGCCUUGCGCUAAAGGUUGGCAUAGCAGCAGCCCCGGUCAGGCCGUCUGAUAUUAUAUUUUUUUCCUGAGGAUUUCAAUACCAAAGUUUUAUCUCCUUUUAUAAAUGUGUUUUCAUGUCCUUUUUAGUUUGAUAUAGAACCUUUCAAUUGUCAGAUUAUAUAUGUACUGGUUAAAAAAGUGCUCAUGUACUGUGGUUUGAAUGCUAAAAUUUGGAUGAAGAAGUUUUGGAUUUGGAUCA